AUGGUGGACGACUCUUCUCCAUCGAAACUGGCUUCGUUUAGAGCUCUCUUCCACACGGAUAUCUCCGGUCCUGAUGGAAUUAAUGUUUACGUUCUCCCCAGGACUGAUGCUCAUCAAGUAUGUUUUUCCUAAUAUCUGAAACAGGGGCGUGCGUAUGCUGACCCUCUGGGAAUGGGGCCUUUUCCCCCUGGGUCCCCCGCCCGUACUCUCUCCUGCCCAAUUUCACGCCCCUGAUCUUCAAUGGCUUAAUUUUAGAGCGAAUACAUAUGUGAUCGAGACAAAAGAGUCCAAUUUCUUUCCGGGUUUUCCGGAUCCAAUGCCUAUUCUAUAAUCACCGAAUCUGAAGCUCUUUUAUGGACCGAUGGAAGAUACUUUGAUCAAGCCGAGAACGAACUGCUUCCGGGAUGGACUCUUAUGAAGCAAGGGCAGACAGGGGUCCUUUCUCCCACCGAAUGGCUCCUUCAAAAUCUUGUGCGAGGAUCUAGAGUAGGAUUUGAUCCACAAUUGUUUGGAAAAGGUAAGUCGUCUGCCUUUUAUUAUUUUUUUAAAUUCAGGAUCAUCGGAUGAACUUCUCCAAGUCAUAAAAGGAGCUAAGGCCAUUCCUGUCAAACUAAAUACAAACCUGGUGGAUGUCAUCUGGGAGAAUCGACCGGAGGGUUCGAAAAAUCCUUUGAUUGUGUUAUCUCAAUCCGAGCAUGGAGAAAGUAUUGAAUCGAAAUUGGAAAGGGUCCGAAGUCAGAUGUCAAAGAAGAAAUGCGACAUUGUUAUCGUGUCUGACCUCGCUCAAGUAGCUUGUGAGUGAUAAGUUAAAAGACCAUUUUUGAGAACUUAGAGCAGCCCUAUGAAGCGGUAUAGAGUUUAACCUUUAGUCCGUCCGGCAAGUCGCGAGUGAAACUGGCAACACGCAUGAUGAGAAAACAAAAUUUUUCUUUGCUCUGUGCAAUGUUUUGCUGUUUGCACCGUGCAAAAGGCUUUUUGGACUGUUGCUCGCACCCUGACGUCAUGACGGAAUAAUGACGUAAAAAUAGCACUUUUUUACCUGGGAAAUGACCGUAAACCCGAAUUUUUCCUAAAAGUUCUAUUUUUAUUUUACCAACUUUUUUUACCAACACUUCUUGGAGGAUGUAGCUUUCUCUUGUUCAGUUCGCUUUUCAAAAAGUGCCGCGGCCAGACGGCCCAAAAACCCACAACACUUAUCUCCGAUACAGUAUUUUAGUAUGUUACCGUAACCUGAGGACUUUAUUGGAGCAUUUAAGUGAUGAUAUUAGAUCAUAAAACUUGGGAUCAAAUUCUAGCGCACGCACCGCUGCUUCCGGACCUAGCGUUUUUUUAAGCAUCCGUGUGACUAAUAAUUGUUACAUUCUAGGGCUGUUUAACUUGCGAGGAGCUGAUAUUCCCUUCAAUCCUUGUUUCUUCGCUUAUGCCUAUGUUACCCAUGAUGAUGUCGUUUUAUUUGUUGAUAAAGAGAAGCUGACUCCUGAAGUUGAGAAGCAUCUGGGAGAUGUUAAAGUUCAUCCAUACGAGACAGCAUCGGAAUGGCUAAAAUACUAUCACGAAGAGGCCAAGAACUCCAUCACUGGUCAUAAAGUAAGGUCAAAACAUUUGUGAAUGAAUUGUUUGUAGGUUUGGAUUUCCCCAGAACUUAACUACUCUUUGUCUUCGAUGAUUGACACUGAUUUUAUUCAUGAAGGACCCACCCCAAUCUAUUCUAUGAAGGCGCUCAAGAAUGAAACAGAGAUGGCGGGAAUGAGAGAAUCUCAUGUAAUUGUGUAAUUUUACUGUAGAUCAACCUCUUUUUUUAGAUCCGAGAUUCCGCAGCGAUAGUCCAAUUCCUGGUUUGGCUGAAAAAUGAAAUAGCCGCAGGGCACGAGGUCAACGAGAUCUUGGCUUCCGAAAAAAUGGAAGAAUUUAGAAGUAAAUUGGACAAGUUUGUGUCCCUCAGUUUUGACACCAUAUCAGCUGUGGGUCCCCAUGCCGCAUCUCCUCACUAUCAUAUGACCGAAGAGAGUGGGAAGACGACUAUCAAGGCAGAUCAGGUAUAUCUGAUCGAUUCCGGAGGACAAUUCAGAGAUGGAACUACUGAUGUCACGAGAACUGUGAUUCACACAGAAACCCCUGAUGAACAUGUGAAGAAAAUGUUUACUCUGGUCUUAAAGGCCCAUAUUAUUUGUGCCAAACAGACGUUCCCCGAGGGCAUCGAUGGUAAGAUUAUUUGGAAUUAUUGUUUAAUUCAGAUGUUUAUUUUAGGUAUUCGGUUAGAUGGCCUUACAAGAACUCCCCUAUGGAGUCAGGGUUAUGACUUUGGUCAUGGCGUCGGACAUGGUGUUGGGCACUUCUCGAAUGUCCAUGAAUAUCCACGUAAGUCUUCCUUGGGUUUAACACCUCACUUAAUUUUCGUUUAGCUCAGAUUGGUUUCCGUCUCCGAAUUCCUGAAGCCGGCAUCUACAAAGGUCAUGUUCUGACUAUCGAGCCUGGUUAUUAUGAGACAGAUGCCUUUGGAAUUAGGAUCGAGAAUUGUUAUGAGAUUGUAGAGGCUACUAAUCUGGAAUCUGGAGCUAAGAACUUCUUAGCCUUUGCCUCCCUGACUUGGGUUCCAAUUCAGAAAACAUUGAUCAACAAGGAUCUUCUGACAACUGAAGAAGUAUGUGGAUUGAACAUUGCAAUAUAAUAUUUUUAGUUAUCCUGGCUAAACGAGUAUCACAACAAAUGCCUUGAGAUUACGGGUAAAUAUCUCCAGGAGAAAGGACUCCAGGAGGAAUACAAUUAUCUGGCCGAGGCCUGUACUCCUUUGUGA